AUGGUCUACUUUCACAAGCGUCUCCUCGUCCUCGUCAGUGGCCUAUCGCUCUUGACUACUUCGCUCAUCGCCGCGUCGAAGCAUGCUCCCUCGAUACCCGAUUUUUAUAAUCCCUGCCAUAAGCAAUGUCAUUUUCUCGCGAGGAAGAAGAGCCUUAAGGUAGGUCAAAGGCUGAUGCAAGCGGUUCGAUUUCGUGCUAUUUGGCAUAUGACCGCGUGGGCUGACGAGCGUAACCCCAACCUCCUUUUAGUGCGCGGGUCUACAUCCCAGAUCCGAUCCAAAUGAGAGGCGGAAGUACUUCAAAUGUCUCUGUGACGACUAUGCGGAAUUCGAAAUGGAAUUCAUGCAAUGUGUAGAAUUCGGUAAGUCGAGCGGGUCAAGCCGCAUGCGCCGGGUCACUCGCGCGGAGGUGAACUUUCGAAACUUUUGUCUCCAGGCCACGGGAAUUUCGGAGCUUGCAAGUACCAGGACGAAAUACUCCAUCGGGAAAAACAAUGGUGUGAACAUUAUCCAUGA